GACUAAGCGAACGGACGCUAUUUUUCCCGGUAGUAUUAGGCCUAUGUCCAAGCCAUCAUGUUCUCGAUAUUGAAUCAAAUGAGUGUCGGUGUUGUGUGCCGCUGCUGUCUGUUGGAGGAGCCGCCUCUCUAUUACAACAUCUAUGAGCAAAACCUGAGUGUCGAGCUACUGGCCCUGGCGCCGACAUUGCCAACAAUGGAGCCCAACGAUGGUCUUAGUGAUGCCAUCUGCGAGCUGUGUUUGCGGCGCGUGCGUGAGGCCCUAGAAUUUCGUCAACGCUGCGAAGAGGCGGAUCGUGUGCUGCGUGCCAGGCAUGAGGAAUGGUGUCGCACCGUGGCUGAAGGUGAUGCUGUUGCUCUCGAUGACGUCCUGGAAUGUCUGGAACGAGAAGUGGGCAGCCUGGAUCAUCUGGAGGCACAGGCCUUGAACCAGCUGCCAAAGCCGGUCGCCUGUGUGGCUCCGCUCAUCUUGACGGAGCCAAUUGGCUUUGGUACAUUGAGUCCACACGAUGUCUAUCAGAGCAACUACGUUGAACCAAGCUAUGCUUGGCAAUGCCACAGCACUCUGAACACACCCACGCAUGUGUCGGAUACUUUUGAGGCUGCUCCGGAUCUCUGCUCGCCAGCAUAUCAGAUCGAGAGCAAGCCAGAUGUCAGUAACAUCAAUGACUCCUCACAUACGAGUACGUUUGUCCAAGUAGGAACGAAAACGGAAGCACCACCGACUCCAACACCAACUGAAAAGCCGACACGUCCGAGCAAGUCGACAACAAAGUCUAGGGAUCCAAAAUCGCGGCACCCUUGCUCCGAAUGUGAAAAGAAAUUCACUCGCAACUUCCAACUCAAGCUUCAUAUGAUCUCGGUGCAUGGUUUGGGCGAUGGCUUGGUCUAUCAGUGCGACAUCUGCCAGAAGACCUUCGCCUCGAGGCACAGUCAACGCUAUCAUAUGCAAUCAAUGCACUCUACGGAGCGUCCGUUUGCCUGCCAGCUCUGCGAUCGUCGCUUUGUUCUGCGCACCCAACUCAUUUCCCAUCAGCGAACCCACACUGGCGAAUCGAAGCCCCGCAUUUUCGAGUGUCAGAAGUGCCAGAAAAGUUGGCCCACUCGCUCGGAUUUGCGCACCCACAUGCGGUCCCACGACAAGGGCAUGGAGCGACCAUUCAAAUGCGAUCGCUGCGACAAAGCGUUCUUCACGAGGGGACAUCUCAACUCUCACAUACUCGUGCACACGGGUGAGAAGCCCUACAUCUGUGAGUACUGUGAGCGGGGCUAUCAGAGCGUCAGCAAUCUGAACAACCAUCAGAUGCGACAGCACAGGGCCAUCCUUGAGGCAGCUGCUCUCGCGUCAAACGAGAUCGAAAGCUAGUCGGCCCUGCAAUCGAAUGUAUUAUCAGUCAAGAGAUUAGUAUUAGAGUUGUGUGCUCAACUGAGCUGACGUGGCGGCUGGCAGUGAAAGAAAUGCCAUUUCAUAACAAAUAAAUUUAAAUAUUGCGCUAUAAUUAAAACAAAACAAAAAGUCAAAAUCAAAAACAAAAAACACUAACAAUUUAGUUCCCAAACAUUUUGUUAUUGUACGCUUCAAUGUCGCAAGCCAAAAAUAUGCGAGAGCGUGCCCGAAACAUGUUGAUUAAAGAUUUUGAUUGAAAAUGCAUCAAUGUGUUAGUGGCUUGAGCCCUGAGAGGUGAAAGCGCCAAUGCUAAUGCCACCAGAAAAAUAAAAAACAAAGUCCACAAAAAUAAGAAACAACAUAUUCAAAUAGAAAUCGUGCAAAAUUUUGAUGAAAUAAUAAUAAAACUAAAAAGCUCUGUGAAUAACAAAAUACGGUUAGCAAUGGUAUGGGAUUAAUUUUAUUUAUUUUGUAUUCCUGCUCAUGCGAGUAAUUGUAAAAUGUAAUUUAUACUUUAAUUUGUAAUUAUAUGAUAAAAUUAAAUACUGUAUGAAAAAAAAAAA